CUCGGGCAGGUGGGAGAAAGGGACUCGGUAAGGACGGGAAUAGCGACUCGGCCCACGUGGCACUCGUCCUUAUCGCCCGGCUGACCCCGCGGGGUUCGUGUCCUGCCCCUUCGUUGCAGUCUCCGUGGCGGGUGCGGUCGCUUGAUCGCUGCGUCCAGUGUGCUCGAGAGGUGCCGCCGCGGCAAGUUGAAGGAGAGGCGGCCUCCGCUUUCGCGUUCGCUUCGCGUCUGAACACUGACCGAGUGACAGUGUGUGUGUGUGUGCGUAGCGGGUGCGAACAACUGGCUGUAACGGAUCUACCGGGACGGAUCAUUCACAUAACCUGACUUUUCCUUGCUGGCGCCGAAGGAAACAAGAAAACUGUGUUCAUGAGCGGGAGCGCGGAGAAUUGCUAGUAUCAUUACAAGACUGCGUGACGUGGCAGCGCCAUGCUGAUACGACGCCCGACGGCCAUCUUGGUCGCCAUCCUAGGAUAUUUGACCAGGAUAGCGUUAUCCCAGGGAUCCAGUAGUAAUUUAUUUUCGUGUCCAAAUGGAUGGGAGCUCCGGGGUCUACACUGUUACAAAUUCUUCAGUAUACGACACUCGUGGGAGAAGGCGGCCGAACUCUGCAGGAGGUACGGCAGCGAGAUGGUGCUCGUCGAAACGUACGCGGAGAACAACUUCACGGCGUCGCUGGCCGUGCGCAGCAUGGGUCCGCUCGAGCGCCAGAACCAGCACCACUACUGGCUGGGCUUCGCCUCGCUCGACGAUCUCAGGACCAACACGCUCGAGUCCGCCGCCGGGAUUCUAGUCUCUCAGUACGCCGGUUUCUGGGCGCUGACGCAGCCCGACCCCAAGGCGGGGGAGUGCGUGGACGUGCGACUCACGGACGAGCACCAGUCGUGGGAGCUGACGACGUGCGAGAGCCUCCUGCCCUUCCUCUGCAAGGCUGCCGCCUGCCCCACAGGUUCGUUCCACUGCUCGAACGGGCGGUGCGUGAACGAGAAGUUCCGGUGCGACCAGCAGGACGACUGCGAGGACUGGUCGGACGAGCUGGACUGCCCCGGGAACUGCCACUACUACAUGGCGAGCAGCGGGGAUGUGGUGGAGAGCCCCAACUACCCGCACAAGUACACGUCGCUGGCCAACUGCAAGUGGACGCUCGAAGGCCCCCAGGGCCACAACAUCCUGCUGCAGUUCCAAGAAUUUGAGACUGAGAAGUCAUUCGACACCGUUCAAAUUCUGGUUGGUGGCCGCACAGAAGACAAAUCGGUCAAUCUAGCAACUUUGUCUGGAAAACAGGAUUUAAGCAGCAGGCUGUUCGUGUCUGCAUCAAAUUUCAUGAUUAUCAAGUUCAGUACGGACGCCACAGUCGAGAGGAAAGGAUUCAGAGCGUCGUGGAAGACGGAGCCUCAGACUUGUGGGGGAACCCUGCGAGCCACUCCGCAAGGUCAAAUGCUGACGUCUCCCGGAUACCCCCAGGACUACCCCGGCGGUCUGGAGUGUCUCUACAUCAUCACGGCACAGAUUGGGAGGAUCAUCACUCUGCAGAUUGAAGACCUGGACUUGGAGACGAACAGGGACUCCAUCCUGAUAAGGAACGGCGACAACCCCAUGAGCAAGCCGCUGGCUCGGCUGACGGGCGCCGCGUCUGACAACCCGCCCAUCGUGAUGUCUACGGGCAGCCAGCUCUACCUAUACUUCAAGACCAGCUUGGGAGACUCGCGGCGGGGGUUCAAGAUUAAAUACUCCCAAGGAUGCCAAGCUACUCUCACGGCCACAAACGGAACUUUCACAUCCCCAGCUUUGGGGCUGGCGGAAUAUCCUGCCAACCAGGAGUGCCUCUACAAGAUAAGGAGGCCGAAAAGCGGUGCCUUGUCGCUCAAGUUCAAUGAAUUCAGUGUGCAUCCUUCAGAUUUCGUCCAGGUGUACGAUGGGGCGAGCGUGAGCGGCCUGCGGCUUCACCCCGGGGACGGCUUCACCGGGACCACCGUGCCGAAGAUCACGCUGACCGCCUCCAGCGGCGAGAUGUUGGUGCGCUUCCUUACCGACGCCCUCCACAACGGCAAGGGGUGGAGGGCCACGUUCUCCGCCGACUGCCCGCCGCUUCUGCCCGGCGCCGGCGCCCUCGCGUCCAGCCGCGACACCGCGUUCGGCACCGCCGUCACCUUCACCUGUCCCGUGGGGCAGGAGUUCGCCACCGGGCGGCCCCGCAUCACCACGGAGUGCAUGAUGGGCGGGAACUGGUCCAUCACGUAUAUUCCCGCCUGCCAAGAGGUGUACUGCGGCCCGGUGCCCCAGAUCGACAACGGCUUCUCCAUCGGCUCCUCCAACGUGACGUACCGCGGCCAGGCCAUGUACCAGUGUUACGCCGGCUUCGCCUUCCCCACCGGCCAGCCGAUAGAGAGGGUCUCCUGCCUCGCCGACGGUCGCUGGGAGAGACUGCCGACGUGUCUGGCCUCGCAGUGCCCGCCGCUGGCCGAGUCGCCCCACACGAACCUGACGGUGCUGAACGGGGGCGGGCGGAGCUACGGCACCAUCGUGCGCUACGAGUGCGAGGUGGGCUACGUGCGAUCCGGCCACCCCGUCAUCCUCUGCAUGAGCAACGGCACGUGGUCCGGCGACGUGCCCUCCUGCACGCGAGCUCAGUGCAUGCAGUUCCCGACCGUGAAGAACGGUUUCGUGACGGACACGGCCCGCGAGUACUACUUCGGGGACGAGGCGCGAGUCCAGUGCCACAAGGGCUUCAAGCUCGCCGGCUCGGCGGUCGUCAAGUGCGGCGCGGACCAGCGGUUCCUCAACGUCCCCAAGUGCGAAGACAUCAACGAGUGCGCCAGCAGCCAGUGCGACGUGGCGUCCAGCGAGUGCGCCAACACCCCCGGGUCGUUCCACUGCCGCUGUCGCGAGGGCUUCGCCCCCAACCUGGAGUGCCGGCCCGUCGGGGACCUGGGGCUGACCUCCGCCGGCAUCCCUGACGAGUCCAUCACGGUGUCCAGCGAGGAGCCGGGCUUCAGGAAGUCCCUGGUGAGGCUGAACAGCGGCUCCGGCUGGUGCGGCACCAGCCUCGAGCCUGGAGUCAACUGGGUGCUCCUUGACCUGAAGGCCCCCACCAUCAUCCGGGGCUUCAGAACCCAGAGCGUUCCCCGGCCCGACGGCAACCUCGCCUUCACUUCGGCGGUCAGGAUACAGUACACGGACGACCUGUCGGACGUGUUCAAAGACUACACCAACCCAGACGGCACGCCGGUGGAGUUCCGAAUCUUGGAGCCGACCCUGUCCGUCUUGAAUCUGCCCAUGUCCAUUGAGGCCCAGUACGUCCGUUUCAAGAUCCAGGAUUACGUUGGAGCUCCGUGUCUGAGGCUGGAGGUGAUGGGAUGUACGAGGCUGGAGUGUAACGACAUUAAUGAGUGUGCUGUUAACAACGGUGGAUGCGAUCAGAAAUGCAUAAAUAGCCCUGGGAACUUCUCGUGCACAUGUAAUAUUGGCUACGAACUUUUCCUGGGGAAUGGAACCGCCGGGUUCUACAUCGAUAAGUCAGAGACGGGCGAGCGAGAUGGUGAUAUCUUCCAGAGAAACAAAACAUGUGUCCCCAUAAUGUGUCCAGGACUGGAGGCUCCAGAGAACGGACUCAUCCUGGCCACCAAAGAGCAGUUUCACUUCGGAGAUCUCGUGAGUUUCCAGUGCAAUUUCGGCUACGUCAUGGCGGGUUCAGCGUCUCUUUUGUGUACCUCCGGUGGCAUCUGGAACGGCUCAGUGCCCGAGUGCCAGUAUGCAAAGUGUGUAUCACUGCCAGAUGACAAGAACGAUGGGUUGAAAGUGAUACGCCAGGACCCAGAAAGUGUUUUGGUGCCGUUCCGAGAGAAUGUGACGCUCACCUGUGGUAAUACCGGCAGGGUCCUCAGAAAGACUGUUACUUCUGGGUUCCGGCAGUGUGUCUAUGAUCCAAAACCGGGUUUGCCAGACUACUGGCUGUCGGGACUCCAACCCGCCUGCCCGAGAGUCGACUGCGGUGAGCCGCUGCCGACCCCGGGCGCCGAGUACGGCACGUACCAGGACACCAAGUACAAGUCGUCGUUCUUCUUCGGCUGCCAGGACACCUUCAAGCUCGCCGGCCAGACCAACCGCCACGACAACGUCGUCAGAUGCCAGGCGAACGGCGUAUGGGACUUCGGCGACCUGCGGUGUGAGGGGCCGGUGUGCGUGGAUCCGGGGCGGCCGACGGACGGCUUCCAGGUCGCCCGCAGCUACGAGCAGGGCUCGGAGGUGGAGUUCGGCUGCAACCGGCCGGGCUACAUCCUCAUCAACCCCCGGCCCAUCACCUGCGUCAGGGAGCCGGAGUGCAAGGUGGUUAAGCCCCUCGGGCUGACCUCGGGGAGGAUACCCGACUCUGCCAUCAACGCCACGUCAGAGAGGCCAAACUACGAGGCUCGCAACAUCCGCCUGAACUCUGUGACCGGCUGGUGUGGGAAGCAGGAGGCGUUCACGUACGUGAGCGUCGACCUGGGCCAGGUGUUCCGGGUGAAGGCGAUACUGGUGAAGGGGGUGGUGACCAACGACAUCGUGGGGCGCCCCACGGAGAUACGGUUCUUCUACAAGCAGGCCGAGAGUGAGAACUACGUCGUCUACUUCCCCAACUUCAACCUGACCAUGCGGGACCCGGGGAACUACGGCGAGCUGGCGAUGAUCACCCUGCCGAAAUACGUGCAAGCCAGAUUUGUCAUUUUGGGUAUCGUCAGUUAUAUGGACAACGCCUGUCUCAAAUUCGAGCUCAUGGGCUGCGAGGAACCUGCAUCAGAAGCUCUGCUUGGCUACGACUAUGGUUACUCUCCGUGUGUAGACAACGAGCCCCCGGUCUUCCAGAACUGCCCGCAGCAGCCCAUCGUCGUGCAGAAGGGCGCCAACGGCCUGGAGCCGGUCGCCUUCGCGGAGCCCGUCGCCGUCGACAACAGCGGCAGCAUCGCUCGCCUCGAGGUGAAGCCACAGAGCUUCCGGACCCCCAUCCAGGUGUUUGAGGACAUGGUCGUCAAGUACGUGGCGUUCGACUACGACGGCAAUGUGGCCAUCUGCGAGAUCAACAUCACCGUGCCAGAUGACACCCCGCCUCUGUUGAGCUGCCCGCAAAGCUACGUCAUCGAGCUGGUCGAUCGUCAAGAGAGCUACGUGGUGAACUUCAACGACACUCGUCGGCGAGUCAACACGUCCGAUGCGUCCGGAGACGUCAGGGUUGCCUUCAUACCCGAGCGAGCGACCAUACCGAUUGGAGGGUUUGAAAAUGUGACGGUGGUGGCGACGGACAAGUUUGGCAAUCAGGCUAGCUGUCACUUCCAGGUGGCUGUGCAAGCGACCCCGUGCGUGGACUGGGAGCUGUCGCCGCCGGCCAACGGGGCCCUCAACUGCCUCCCGGGAGACAAGGGGCUGCAGUGCAUCGCCACGUGCAACCCAGGCUACAGAUUCACUGAUGGAGAACCUGUGAAAACAUUCAGCUGCGAAGAGAAGAGUCCAUGGACCCCAACUUCUGUGGUUCCCGACUGUGUUUCAGAGAACACGCAGCAGGCAGACUACCACUUCGUCUCCUCCAUCAUGUACCGAGCCAACGGAGCCGUGGCCCAGCUGUGCCUGAGCCAGUACCGAGACCUGAUGGCUCAGUACUACUCCAGCCUGAACAACGUGCUGACCCAGCGGUGCUCCGCCGUCAACGUCAACAUGAACGUGUCUUUCGUGGACGCCAGACCUAAGAUGAUGGCCGAGAAUGUCGUCGUCAUGGACUUUGUGCUGGUGAUCGUGCCGGCGGUGAGGCAGCCGCAGCUCUACGACCUCUGCGGCUCCACGCUGAACCUCAUCUUCGACCUGUCGGUGCCGUACGCCAGCGCCGUCAUCGAGCCGCUCCUGAACGUGUCGGCCAUCGGCAACCAGUGCCCGCCCCUGCGCGCCCUCAAGUCCAACAUCUCGCGCGGCUUCGACUGCAAGGUCGGCGAGGUGCUCAACAUGGACACCAACGACGUUCCCCGAUGCCUGCACUGCCCCGCCGGCACGUUCGCCGGGGAGAAGCAGAGAACCUGCACGCCAUGCCCCAAGGGCUUCUACCAGAACAGAGAUCGGCAGGGCUCGUGCCAGCGCUGCCCUCUCGGCACAUACACGCGCGAGGAAGGGUCGAAGAGCGUGGGCGACUGCGUGCCGGUGUGCGGCUACGGCACGUACUCCCCGACGGGGCUGGUGCCGUGCCUCGAGUGUCCCAGGAACAGCUACACGGAUGAGCCGCCCACGGGGGGCUUCAAGGAGUGCCAGGCCUGCCCCGCCAGCACCUUCACCUACCAGCCGGCCCCCCCGGGCAAGGAGCACUGCCGAGCCAAGUGCUCGCCGGGGCAGUACUCGGACACGGGGCUGGCUCCCUGCGCCCAGUGCCCGCGCAACUUCUACCAGCCGAGCGCGGGCCAGACCACCUGCUCCGAGUGCCCCACCAGCAUGAGGACCAAGGACGCGGGGGCAGCCGGCCGGGAGGAGUGCGAGCUGGUGCAGUGCACGAGCAACGCCUGCCAGCACGGCGGCCUCUGCGUGCCGCUCGGUCACGGCGUGCAGUGCAUCUGCCCGGCCGGGUUCUCGGGCCGCAGGUGCGAGGUGGACAUAGACGAGUGCCUGUCGCAGCCGUGCUACAACGGGGCCACGUGCAAGGAUUCCCCUCAAGGCUACCGCUGCCAGUGUCCCCCCGGUUACAGUGGUGUCAAUUGUCAGGAGGAAAAGUCAGACUGCCGAAACGACACGUGUCCUGAAAGGGCCAUGUGCAAAGAUGAGCCUGGCUUGAAUAAUUUCACCUGCCUGUGUCGCUCGGGCUACACUGGGCUGAACUGUGAUGUUACGAUCAACCCGUGCACCUCGAACGGCAACCCGUGUGCGAACGGAGCGACGUGCGUGGCCUUGCAGCAGGGUCGCUUCACGUGCGAGUGUCUGCCGGGCUGGGAGGGGCAGAACUGCGAAGUGAACACAGACGACUGCGCGGAGCGGCCCUGCCUGCUGGGAGCUAACUGCACGGACCAGGUCGCAGACUUCAGUUGCUCGUGUCCUGCUGGCUUCACGGGGAAGAGGUGCCACACUAAGAUUGAUCUCUGUGCCACCAACCCUUGCCAGCACGGAGUCUGCGUGGACAAACUCUUCCGCCACGAGUGUGUUUGCCACCCUGGAUGGUCAGGCCGGUUCUGCGAGACGAACAUCAACGACUGCUCGAGCGGCCCUUGCGAGAACGGCGGCCAGUGCGUGGACAAGGUGGACGGCUACGCCUGCAACUGCGAGCCGGGCUACACGGGCAGCAGGUGCCAGCACACGGUGGACGACUGCUCGUCCCGCCCGUGCCAGAACGGGGCGUCGUGCGUCGACACGCUGGACGGCUUCGUGUGCAAGUGCCGCCCAGGAUUCGUGGGUCUGCAGUGCGAGGCGGAGAUAGACGAGUGCCUGAGCGACCCGUGCAGCGCCGAGGGCACGGAGAAGUGCGUCGACCUCGACAACAAGUUCUACUGCCAGUGCAGGGAGGGCUUCACGGGAAGCAUGUGCGAGGUGAACAUCGACGACUGCGCCGGCCGGCCGUGCCUGAACGGUGCCGAGUGCAAGGACCAGGUGGGAGGGUUCCAGUGCAAGUGCCCGCCGGGCUGGGCGGGCGCCCGCUGUGAGGCGGACGUAGGCACCUGCCAGACCGUGCCCUGCCGGAACGACGCCACCUGCAUCGACCUGUUCCUCGACUUCUUCUGCGUGUGUCCGUCAGGCACGGACGGCAAGCACUGUGAGACGGCGCCUGAGCGCUGCAUCGGGGAGCCGUGCAUGCACGGCGGGCGGUGCCAGGACUUCGGCUCCGGCCUCAACUGCUCCUGCCCCACCGACUUCACCGGCGUCGGCUGCCAGUAUGAGUACGACGCUUGUGCGGCGCGGGCGUGCCAGAAUGGGGCGACGUGCAUCGACAACGGCCCCGGCUACACCUGCGUGUGUCCGCACGGGUACACCGGAAAGAAUUGUGAGGAGGAUAUCGUGGACUGUAAAGAAAACUCGUGCCCCCCUGCUGCUACGUGUAUCGACUUGACAGGCAAAUUCUACUGCCAGUGUCCUUUCAACCUCACCGGAGAUGACUGCAGAAAGACCAUUCAGGUGGAUUACGACCUGUACUUCAGCGACCCCACGAGGAGCAGCGCUGCGCUCGUGGUGCCGUUCUUCCUGGGCUCCAGGAAGAGUCUGACCAUUGCUAUGUGGGUCCAGUUCACGCAGAAGGAUGAGGGCGGGAUCUUCUUCACCCUCUACAGUGUCUCGUCGCCCACGGUGCCCGUGGAGCGGAGAGUGAUGCUGCAGGCGCACAGCAACGGGGUCCAGGUGUCGCUGUUCUCCGACCUGCAGGACGUCUACCUCAGCUUCCAGGAGUACGCCACCAUCAACGACGGCCAGUGGCACCACGUGGCGGUCGUGUGGGACGGGGAGAAGGGCGGGGAGCUCACGCUCAUCACCGAGGGACUUAUCGCGAGCAAGCUGGAAGGCUACGGCGGGGGCCGGCAGUUGCCGCAGCAUGCAUGGGUUACCCUCGGCAAACCAAGAAUGGACAAUCCUAAGGCUUACACGGAGUCUGGCUUCCAAGGGCAUUUGACUAAAGUGCAGGUGUGGGGACGAUCUCUUGAUGUCACAAACGAAAUUCAGAAACAGGUGCGAGACUGCCGCACGGAGCCUGUGCUGCACCGGGGCCUGGCCCUCACGUGGGCCGGCUACGAGGACACUGCGGGCGGCGUGGAGCGCGUGGUCCCGUCCCACUGCGGCCAGCGCAUCUGCCCGCCGGGCUACGGUGGCACCCGCUGCCAGCAGCUGCAGGUCGACAAGGUCGCACCACAAGUUGAGCACUGCCCUGGGGACUUGUGGGUGAUCGCAAAGAAUGGCUCGGCGACCGUGUCCUGGGACGAGCCCCACUUCACGGACAACGUGGGUGUGGUGAAGAUCGAGGAGCGAAGCGGGCAUCGUCCGGGCCAGACCCUCCUGUGGGGCAGCUACACCAUCGCGUACGUGGCGUUCGACCAGGCAGGAAACGCUGCCACGUGCUCGUUCAAGGUUUACGUGCUGGCUGAAUUCUGCCCGGAGCUGCCCGACCCCAUCGGAGGCACGCAGAUGUGCAAGGACUGGGGCUCCGGCGGACAGUUCAAAGUGUGCGAGAUCGCCUGCAACCCCGGCAUGAAGUUCUCGCAGCCCAUACCCAAGUUCUACACGUGCGGCGCCGAGGGCUUCUGGAGGCCCACCGCCGACCCCAAGUUGCCCAUGGAGUACCCCGCCUGCUCAGCGGCCAAGCCCGCGCAGAGGGUGUUCAGGAUCAGCAUGAUGUUCCCCACGUCGGUGCUGUGCAACAGCGCGGGCCAAGGGGUGCUGCGACAGAAGGUGCGCGGGGCUGUCAACUCCGUCAACCGCGACUGGAACUUCUGCUCGUACUCCGUGGAAGGAACGCGAGAAUGCAAAGAUCUGAACAUCGAAGUGAAGUGCGACCACAGGUCACGACCGACGAGAAGUGCCAGCGAGGAGGCUGGAAGCUACGUAGUAGCAGCUUCGUUCCCCGCAGAACGGGCUGGAAGGCAAGCUCGCCAAGCCAACAACGACAUGUACAACUUGGAGAUUUCCUUCCCAGCUGUUAACGACCCGGUGAUCAACGCCAACACGAACGAGCGCUCGACGGUCGAGCGGCUGCUGCAGAAGCUGAUCCUGGAGGAGGACCAGUUCGACGUGCGGGAGAUCCUGCCCAACACGGUGCCCGACCCGGCCUCCCUGCAGCUGGACUCGAACUACGCCUGCCCCACCGGCCAGGUGGUCGUGGCUCCUGACUGCGUGCCGUGCGCGGUGGGGACGUUCUUCGACGGGGCGACCCGGUCCUGUGUGCCGUGUCCCGUGGGCAGCUACCAGAGCGAGUACGGACAGCUGCAGUGCAGUCAGUGUCCCGUCAUCGCGGGCCGGCAGGGCGUCACCGUUGCCCCUGGCGCACGCAGCGCGGCUGACUGCAAAGAGCGCUGCCCGGCGGGGAAGUACUUCGAUGACGAGGCAGGCCUCUGCAGGAGCUGUGGGCACGGCUUCUACCAGCCCAGCGAGGGCAGCUUCAGCUGCCUGCUGUGCGGUCUGGGCAAGACCACCCGGACGAGCGAGGCCGUCUCCGUCGAGGAGUGCCGGGACGAGUGCGGCUCGGGCAUGCAGCUGGCGGUGGAGGGCAGGUGCGAGCCGUGUCCUCGGGGCACGUACCGCAUGCAGGGCGUGCAGGCAGCGUGCCAGGCCUGUCCGCUGGGGCGCACCACUCCCCGGGUGGGCGCGGCCAGCGUGGAGGAGUGCUCCCUGCCCGUCUGCCCCCCGGGCACCUUCCUGAACGGCUCGCAGAACAGCUGCGUGCCCUGCGGCAAGGGCACGUACCAGCCGGAGCCCCAGCAGACCUCCUGCCUGGCCUGCCCGCCCGACACCAGCACCAACUACACCGCCGCCGUGAGCAAGGCGGAGUGCUCCAACCCUUGCGAGAUGAACGGCCCGGAGAUGCACUGCAGCCCCUACGCACACUGCCUGCUGCAGCAGGAUACCAAUGAGUUCGACUGCAUGUGCAAGCCCGGCUACAAUGGGACCGGCAAAGUCUGCACAGACGUGUGCCUCAACUACUGCGACAACGAAGGCGUCUGCGUGAAGGACUCUCGAGGCCUGCCAUCCUGCCGCUGCAUCGGCAGCUUCAUCGGCAAGCACUGCACGGACAAGUCAGAGUUCGCGUACAUCGCCGGCGGCAUCGCAGGCGCUGUGCUGAUCAUCAUCAUCACUGUUCUCCUCAUCUGGAUGAUCUGCGCGCGAUCAUCUCGCAAGAAGGAACCAAAGAAGAUUCUCACCGCGGCAACAGAUCAGAACGGAUCCCAGGUCAACUUCUACUACGGGGCUCAGACACCGUACGCAGAGUCCAUUGCCCCCUCGCACCACUCCACGUACGCACAUUACUACGAUGACGAGGAGGACGGCUGGGAGAUGCCCAAUUUCUACAAUGAAACCUACAUGAAAGAGAGCCUGCACAAUGGAGGCAAAAUGAACAGCCUGGCACGAUCAAACGCUAGCAUCUAUGGCAACAAGGAUGACUUGUACGACCGUUUGAAGAGACACGCGUACUCUGGCAAGAAAGACAAAAGUGACAGUGACAGUGAAGGCCAGUGAAAACAAAUGAAGAACACGUGAAUUGUUAUAUUUCUGGUCAUUGCUACAAAAUGCUCAAACCAGUUUUUUACUUUGUAAAAAUAACUAAAUCUAUAAAAACUAUUCUUAGAACAAAUCAACCAAGGAAAACUUUGUUGUUCAAAAGUGUUUCCCAAAAAACUGAAUUGUUUAUUAUUAACAGGCUGGUUGCUAAAAUAGAGUUUAGGUGUAGAAUAGAUCAUGUUUGGAACAAUAUUUAUGGACGCUAGUGACAAAUCAUUGUCAAACUCUGUCUUUGCAACCAGUCAAUGACAUCACAACGAACAGACUGGGAAGGUGUAGUUGUAAACAUUUGUAAGAUUUUUUUUAUUGUUUUUAUAAAAUGUAGUAUUAAAAUAUGUAUUUUGUUGAUGUAUGUGAAUGUUAAUGAUGUUUGUAGUUAAUAACUGUACAGUUCUGUUGAAAUGUUUGAGCUCAAUUCUAAUUUUAUACUCAUAAAUCAGUUUGAAGUUGACAAGCAUCUUGCAAAAUUAAGUAUUCAGACUAUAGAACAGAUUAUUUUCAUAUUUAUUGAACUUAAUUUUUUACAUUUUGUUAAUGACAAUGACAAUUUGAAGUUCCAAUUAUUAUUUACAAUGAACCCCAUACAUACUUGCAAAAAAAAUUUGGGGCAGCCAAAAAAUGUUUGAUCUACGUUAUCAUGUUAAUUUACAAUGUCAAACAAUUUAUUAGUAGAAUCAAGAAGUAAUUUAUUUGAUGAAUCGUAACACUUCACAAAAACUCAGGUAAAUAUUUGCUGUUGAUUUAGUUAAUAAUUUAAAUACAAAAUUAAAAGGAGUUAACAAAUAAACACUGACAUUUAUUCAUAAUUUUAUCAAUUUUAUUUAUGCACAAAACCCUAGUGCCAUCUGUCCAUUACCAUUAGACGUGAUAAUUUCAGACAAUCUUGUUUGAUUUACACACAUUACAUUGUAACUGGAAAAAAUAUGUCAAUGAAAAAUAGUAAAUACGUAGUAUAAGUAUUAUUGUAUUAAAGAUGUACAUAACAGAGUAGAUACCAUAAAAAAGUCUCUAUAUAGAUCCACUAAAAUUGAAAUGUUUAAGUUAAUUUAAAUUAUUUUACUGCUCUUUUGUCAUGCAAUAAAACAAGGGACAGAUUCAGUAAUUGAAAAUCUUUGACUUCUAGAAUUAUUUUAGUUCAAACAUGUUCAUUUAGUUUAAAAUAGACAUAAAAACAUGAUGAAUUUAAAAAUUACAAUAAUUUUUCAUUGUAAUUCAGCACAAAAACUUCAUGUAAUAAUUAGUGUACUUUUUUUUAGUGAUACUAUAGUUUUACAGAUGCUGAAUUUUUAUGUCAGUUCACAAAGUCAUAUUGAUAAAAAUGUGUGAGGUGGCAUGAACUGUAAAAGUGUGUAAUUAAAAUAAUUGUGUAUUAUGUGUGUGUGUGUAAUGCUGAGACUGUAAACAUGUUGUAUGUAUUUGCUAUAUACAAAGCUGUGUGAUUGA